UCUCUCUCUCUCUCUCUCUCUCUAAUUUUCUUUAUUUUUGUUGUUGUUGUUGUUGUUGUCACUGAGAGUGAUUGCAGUGGAAAAUCUAUGGCAUUGCUUCUUCUUCUGCUUAUAGCAGUCUCUACCGUCUUUGCUGAUGAUGAUGCAUAUAUCGGUGUGAAUAUAGGAACAGACCUCGCAGACAUGCCACACCCAACUCAAGUAGUAGCCCUUCUUAAAGCCCAACAAAUCCGGCAUGUCCGUCUAUACAACGCUGACCGCGGCAUGCUUCUUGCACUUGCCAAUACCGACAUUAAAGUUGCUAUCUCUGUUCCCAACGAACAGCUCCUCGGCAUUGGCCAAUCAAAUUCCACCGCCGCUAACUGGGUCUCACAGAAUGUCGUAGCACAUUAUCCAGCUACCAAUAUUACAACCAUUUGUGUCGGUUCUGAGGUUCUAACCACCCUCCCGAAUGCAGCACACGUCCUAGUCAGUGCCCUCAAGUACAUCCAAUCAGCGCUUGUCGCGUCCAAUUUGGAUAGGCAAAUCAAAGUUUCAACACCUCUUUCUUCCUCCAUAAUUCUUGAUUCUUUCCCACCAUCGCAAGCUUUCUUCAACACAUCUUUGAAUCCAGUUAUGGUCCCCUUGCUCAGUUUCUUGCAGUCAUCAGGUUCAUCUCUCAUGCUAAACAUAUACCCGUAUUAUGAUUACAUGCAAUCCAAUGGCGUUAUUCCAUUAGAUUAUGCACUUUUCCGACCCCUUCCUUCAAACAAAGAAGCUGUUGAUGCCAACACACUUCUCCAUUACUCCAAUGUCUUUGAUGCUAUGGUCGACGCUGCUUACUUUGCAAUGGCUUACCUUAAUUUCACUAACAUUCCAGUUAUGGUGACCGAGUCGGGCUGGCCAUCUAAAGGUGAUUCUAGUGAACCAGAUGCAAAUUUAGACAAUGCCAACACUUACAACAGCAAUUUGAUAAAGCAUGUGCUAAACAAAACCGGUACUCCCAAACACCCUGGAAUUUCUGUGAGUACUUACAUAUACGAGCUCUAUAACGAGGAUAUGAAACCCGGGCCUUUGUCUGAGAAGAACUGGGGAUUGUUUGAUGCAAAUGGGGUGCCAAUUUACAUUUUGCACUUGACUGGGUCGGGAUCGGUGUUGGCAAAUGAUACUGCAAAUCAGACUUACUGUACUGCUAAGGACGGUGCUGAUGCCAAAAUGCUGCAAGCUGCUUUAGAUUGGGCUUGUGGGCCUGGCAAGGUCAAUUGUUCGGCUUUGCUGCAGGGGCAACCGUGCUAUGAACCAGACACCGUGGCCGCGCACGCAACUUAUGCUUUUGACACUUACUAUCAGCAGAUGGGGAAGGCGUCAGGAACAUGUGACUUCAAUGGGGUGGCUACAAUCACUACCACAAAUCCAACUCAUGGUUCAUGUGUAUUUCCCGGAAGUAAUGGCAAGAAUGGAACCUUCCUAAACAGCACAGCCCCAUCUUUGAAUUCCACUAGCUCUGGCUGUCCUGCCCGCUACAUGCAUGGCAGUGCUUCUGCAAGUGCUAUUGUUGCAGUUGGAAUUCUAUCAUGGUCUCUUGUUUUCUUAUGAGUUGUAUGUUAAUAGAUUAUUUGCAACUUUCAUUCAAGAAUUGUGAACAGUUUUUCAUUUCUCCAUUGGAACUUUCAAAUCCAGUUUUGUUUUCCCGCAACAGAAGAAGAGAGGUGGGAGGGGGAUUUGUGGUGAUCUUUUCAUUAGGGAGCUGGUAAUUCCGGGAAGCAGUCCUAUUAAUUUUGUACAAAAAUUAGUCAUGGACUGGAUUGUGUUAGGUUCUUUCCGACUGGUAUAUUAUUCUUUCAAGUUAGAUUUAUGAUAUAUUUUUAUUCUGACCAUUUCUAUUCUUAAAACACUUGAGUCCUUUCCAAGUUGGGUAAAUUUUUGUACUUUCUUUUUAAUCAUAGGCCAAGACAAAUUAUAGGAAUCUGUAUAGCAUAGUGAAUGCUGAGUCUUGGAUUUUCUUAGGAGAUUUUAAUGUUGUAAGAAGGGCUUCUGAAAGGGUUGGAUGAUGACAAUUUUAAUGUUGUAAGAACCA